AUGCGCAAGCGCAGUGAUCCGGGCCUUUUUUUCAAGUUUUCAGCCCCGCCUUCCCGGGGAGGAGCUCAGAGCAUUGGGAGGGACCGGGAGAAACCUGCAGGAGAAGGGGCCUCAGCGGAGGAACGCCGCUCAGCUCCCACCGCUGGGCGGUCAACAAGCGCGGGCCUGGCGGAGCGGGGCGGCGCGCGGAGAUCGCGAGGCGACCGGGAGCGGCUGGGCCCCCGGCGGCGCGCCCCUCGGCCGGGCGGGGAGCCGCGCCAGUCGGAGUCCCAGGCCGAGCGCGGCCUGCCUCGCUCACAGCGUCCAUCUGUCCGGAGUGCAACCAGCGGGCAUGACCGAUCCACCAGGGGCGCCGCCACCGCCGGCGCUCGCAGGCCGCGGGUGAAGAAGGUCCGUCCCCGCUCAACCCGGAGCGAGAAAGUGACCCAGGUCGAGGAGGUGCCCCGGGGCGAGGAGGUGCCCCGGGGCAAGGAGGAGACCCGGGCGGAGGAGGCGGUCCUGACAGAAGAGGUGACCCAAACCCAGGAAAUGGCGGCAGCCGAGCUCUGCGUGACCAUCACCCACAACAAUGAGAAGUACGACCUUCAUGUUACCCCACAGCAAGGCAGCAGUGAACCAGUUGUCCAAGACCUGGCCCAGGUUGUUGAAGAGGCCAUAGGGGUUCCGCUGGCUUUUCAGAAACUCAUAUUUAAAGGAAAAUCUUUGAAGGAAAUGGAGACACCAUUGUCAGCACUUGGAAUACAAAAUGGUUGCCGGGUCAUGUUAAUUGGAGAAAAGAACAGUCCAGAGGAAGAGGCUGAACUGAAGAAGCUAAAAGAUUUGGAGAAGUCAGUGGAGAAGAUAGCUGACCACCUGGAAGAUCUGAAUAAAGAACUCUCUGGAAUCCAGCAGGGUUUUCUGGCCAAGGAUUUGCAAACUGAAGCUCUCUGCAAACUUGAUAGAAGAGUAAAAGCCACAAUUGAACAGUUUAUGAAGAUCUUAGAGGAGAUUGACACAAUGAUCCUACCAGAAAAUUUCAAAGACAGUAGGCUAAAAAGGAAGGGUUUGGUGCAAAAAGUUCAGGCAUUCCUAGCUGAGUGUGACACAGUGGAGCAGAACAUCUGCCAGGAGACGGAGCGACUGCAUUCUACAAACUUGGCCCUUGUUGAGUGAGGUGCAGUGGAGACAGGUGCUGACUGAAGAACAGCUCUGUCCUCUCUGGAACAGAAGUUGCCUGUUUCUCCAGGGCUGUUAAAGGCAACUGGCCAAUUAUCAAUUUUCCUACUCCCACACCACUUCUCAAUGAAAAAGUACUAUCUUUGCAACCUUAA